GAAGAUGGCGGCGGCCGCGCGGGAGCGGGCAGGUGCGCUGUGGAGGCUGACCCUGAGCGGGAGGCUGGCCUGGGGGCUCCUUCCGCCCCCCGGCGCCGCGCCGCACCUGCUCUUCCACACCGGCUCCUCCCUUGACAUUUCCCGAAGGUGGGAGAAGAAGAAUAAAAUCGUUUACCCUCCGCAGCUGCCUGGAGAACCUCGGAGGCCGGCAGAAAUCUACCACUGCCGGAGACAGAUCAAGUACAGCAAGGACAAGAUGUGGUAUUUGGCAAAGCUGAUCCGAGGGAUGUCCAUUGACCAGGCCUUGGCGCAGCUGGAAUUUAGUGACAAAAAAGGGGCCCAAAUAAUUAAAGAGAUUCUCUUAGAGGCGCAGGACAUGGCGGUGCGAGACCACAACGUGGAGUUCAGAUCCAACUUGUACGUAGCGGAGUCCACCUCCGGGCGCGGCCAGUACCUGAAGCGCAUCCGCUACCACGGCAGGGGCCGCUUCGGGAUCAUGGAGAAGGUUUACUGCCAUUACUUCGUGAAGCUGGUGGAGGGCCCCCCGCCCCCGCCGGAGGCCCCCAAGACAGCGGCCGCCCGCGCCCAAGAGUACGUGCAGGAGCUCCGCCAGCGGACGGUCAUCCACUCUCUGUGACGGCCAGGCCGGCUGCGGCGGCGCCCUGCUUCCUGAGGCCAACGCGAGUUAAGGACAGAUGCCUUGUGUGACCCGUCGUGGCGUUUCUGAGCCGACGCACAAGUGCUGGCUUCGCGGAAGUGACAUCCAAGGCUCUGCCCGUGGCGCCAGCCUCUGGCUGUGGUCUGAGGCCUUGGCCCCUGGGAGGGGGCCGGCUCAAGUCCCUUCUGAAGGGACCGUGGCCUUCCAGCCGGUGCCCUGCAGGGGAGCAGACAGUGCUGCCUGCGCAGGGAUGGGCACUCGCCUGUCCUGACCCACCUGCUUCCUCGUGGCCCUGGGAGGGUGGAGGUGAACCAGCUGCCCUGGGAGUGUUUCAGGGUCUGCGCUUCCAGCUCCCCUCAGUCCCCGCGGGCCCGGGGCCCGGGGCGAUGGCUGUCGUCCUGCUUUCGCUGUAACUUAGAUUUUAUUAGGGGCACUCACCUAAAAGUCCAGGACCGCUUUAACUUUGGAAGUUUUCUUCUAUUCAAUAAAGCCUGUUCUUGUCUGCUUCCAGCAGUGCUCUUGCUGCUUUGUU